AUGAACGCCAACACGAUCGGCAUCGGCCUGGUAUCGGGCGCGGCAACCGCGCUUUUGUGCCUUGGCGUCGUUUCGGGCUCCGGGCUGUCCGUUAUCCUUUAUUUCCUGUCCGCCGUGCCGCUGAUGGUGGCCACGCUCGGCUGGGGCUUUGCCGCCGGCGUGAGCGGCGCCAUCAUUUCCGCCCUGCUGAUUGCGGCCUUCGCCAACGUGCCGAUGGCUGUCUACAUCGUCAUGACCACGAUCCUGCCGGCGACGGCGGCGGGCUACUGGAUGAACCUGGCCCGGCCGGCCGAAGAGGUGGGCGGGCCGGCGGGCAAGCUGGCCUGGUAUCCCCUGUCCGAUGUCGUCGUCCGUCUCGCGGUGAUCACGGCGGGCGCCUUCAUCGUCGCCGGCGCCUUGAUCGGCUACGGGCCGGCGCUGGUCGACGAACUGGUCGGCGAGAUGAUCGCCCGGCUGCAGGAGGCCAACCCCGAAUUCGCCUUCACGCCGGAAGGCCGCGAGAGCUUUCUCGCCUUCAUGACCGGGGCGAUCCCGUUCAUGCAGCCGGCGCUGUGGCUGAUGAUCCUCAUCGGUUCGCUCUAUCUGGCGCUGGCGAUCACCCGCGCCUCGGGCCGGCUCAGGCGUCCGAAAGACGAUUGGCCAGAGGCGCUGCGCCUGCCGCGCGCCGGUGCGAUGAUCCUCGCCGUGGCGAUCGCCGGCAGUUUCGUCUCCGGGCCGCUGGGCCUGGCAGCGACGACCUUUGCCGGCGCGCUGACCGGAGGUUUCACCAUGGCCGGUUUUGCCAUCUUCCAUGCGCGCACGCGCGGCCAGCCCUGGCGCCCCUUUGCGAUGAUCGUCGUCUAUGGCGCCGUGGCGAUCACGCUCGUCGCCGCCCUUCCCUUCUUUUUUGCGGGCGUUCUCGCCACGGCCCGCCCCAUGCCGGUCUCCCCCGGCGGCGGACCCAAUCCGCCGACCGGAACACCACCGGCUUCCACCUGA